AUGGAAGUUGGUAGGCUUGUGGAGGUCAAAAGCAAGUUUGAUGCUGAAUUUCGACGCUUCAGUUUUCUGGUAGAAGAUUCACUACAAUAUAGUGCUUUUUAUUCCCUACUUGAGAGGAUACAUAUGCUUUUCAACAUCCCGUUUGUUAUCCAGUAUGUAGAACCGAAGAAUUCAGACUUAUUACCUAUCAGCAACAACAAAAAUUUCGAAGUGGCUGUUAAUUCCUCGAAGUCUCUACUAAGAGUUUUACUGCAAAGAAAGGGUGAGAGUUAUGGAGAGCUAUACGGUUACAAAACUACUAAACACAGUCUUAUCCAUCGGGGUGCAGCUAAUACUCUUCGCAAUUUCGGUAGUAGUGGCAAACAUCGUCGAUCUGAAAAGCCUGUUAUUAGUGUGCUCAGUGAUUUUCACUUGGUGUCAUCAAUACUCGAUGUUGAUAUCAUACCGUGGACUUUAAGAAGAGUUCAUCUUGUCCGAACCCCAGGCAAACAAUUCGGUCUACAUAUCCGUACAGGUGCAAUUCAAUACUACACGAAAAAUGGCUAUGAAACAGUCCCAGCGUUUUUUAUCUCUCGUCUAACAGAAGAUGGUAUCGCCUACAAUACAGGCCUGUUAGCUGUCAAUGAUGAAAUCAUUGAAGUCAAUGGGAUUGAAGUCUACGGGAAGUCAUUGGACCAGGUGAAUGAUAUGAUGGUGGCAAACAGUUCGAAUUUAAUAAUCACCAUACGACCAGCAGAUCAAAGUAUGUGCCUACCUCCACGGGAGAUUUCACGUUCACGAUUUUCACCACAAAAUUCUGAUCUGUUGUAUGGUCCACGGAAAAAUAUCUCUCAGACUGAACGUCGUAAUACAGCGUCAUCAGCAUCAGCCUUAGUUACUUAUUCACAGUCUCCAGCACAACAACAAGCCGCCGCCGCUGCCUCACGUUCGUCAGGACGAAAUACUCCAACUACUACUACUAGUGUGACUAUUGAUGGUCAAUUCUCCAGGAUGGGAUUACAUAAUGGUGCUAGUAAUAAUAGUAGUAAUAAUAAUAAUGGUGUUGAGUCCACGAUACAAAUUAAUGAAGAUAUUGGCAGUGAUGACGAUAUGAACGUCGGUUUAAUUACCAUCUAAUCCAUCCCUCUUUUUUUUUCAAUCCAAUCGAAUCCAAUCCCCAUUAACAUUCCUUAAGUGUUUUUUUUUAAUUUCCAUUUUUUUGGGGGGGGGGGUGAUGGUGGUGAUGAUGAAUGAAACUCGU